UAUGAAACUUCCUUCCCCUCUCUCUCUCUCAUCCUAACGCUAAACCAACACGCCUAAGCAAAGCCGAAUCCUAUUCGCCUCUCAAUCAGAUCUGUUCUUAAUUCUUUACUCUCCAUUUCUUCACAUCAAAUUCCUCUUCGAUUUGCGAUCAUCGCUUCUCAGAAGUUCGAAGCUCGGUUCGAAUCGUACAUAAUCCACCAUGUCCAUGCUCAAUAAGCUUUUUGGUAAACCUAAACAGGAGUCUAAUGCCCUGGCCACGCUUGAUAAAUUAAACGAGACACUGGAAAUGCUGGAGAAGAAGGAGAAAGUACUUCUGAAAAAGGCUUCCACAGAAGUUGAGAAGGCCAAAGACUAUACCAGAGCAAAGAACAAAAGGGCUGCUAUACAAUGUUUGAAGAGGAAGAGGCUAUAUGAACAACAGAUAGAGCAGCUCGGCAACUUCCAAUUGCGGAUUCAUGAUCAGAUGAUAUUACUAGAAGGUGCAAAAGCCACAACUGAGACUGUAGAUGCAUUGAGGACCGGGGCAGCUGCAAUGAAAGCAAUGCAGAAAGCAACGAACAUCGAUGAUGUGGACAAAACAAUGGAUGAGAUCAAUGAACAAACCGAGAACAUGAAACAGAUUCAAGAAGCACUAUCAAAUCCAAUUGGUGCUGCAGCCGAUUUUGAUGAGGAUGAACUGGAAGCAGAACUUGAAGAGCUAGAAGGUGCCGAGUUGGAAGAACAACUUCUUCAACCGGCAACAACAGCUCCUGCUGCUCCAAUUCCAGUCCCUGCAGGUCGACAAACUGCUCGACCUGCUCCUCAGAAACGAACUGCUGAAGAAGAUGAGCUGGCAGCUCUACAGGCUGAGAUGGCACUCUGAUGCCACAUCCAACAAUGUUCCAAAGCAGGUGGCGUUGCUGGAUGAGAAUUUGAAAGAGAGGCGACGUGAAGAAUUGGCUAUGAGGUUGGAAGAUUUGAACAUUUUUUGCUAUGUUCUCAACAAAGGCUGAUGAAAGGUCUCUUUGUGAUAUCAGACAAUAAUGCAAAUUUCGAUUAGGUCUUGUAUACUCUCUGUAAAUGAAUAUGAUAACAUUAUUGUGGUUAGUAAUGACCUAAUAUGGAGCUAAUGUGUAAGUGUCUCAAUUACACGAAUUUGUGUGUUCAAUUUGAGUUGGUUACUUUUUUU